AUGUCGAGUCAGGACUAUGCACCUGUUCCUGGUGGUGAAAAUGAGAAAGACUCAAGGACGACAUAUCAACCACGACGCAACUUCACUAUAACGCCCACUUCCAUGUGCAUAUCACUCUGUCUUCUCGCCCUAACUCUUAUAGCUUUUACUGUUGGUAUGAGGGUUGGCCAAACAUGGGAAUCCUAUCAUCAUGAUCAUCAGAGGGACAGAGGCGAUGGACUUCUCGACCCGCAAACUUUUAUUGGUUCUAUACCCAAAAAAGACGUGAUGUUCAAAUUCCCAAGCGGCUAUGAAAGCAGCGCACCGGGGACUGAGCAAAUGUGGGAUGAGUUGAUGCCAUUGGGAGCUGGCUUCAUACGCGUCCCUCACCCACGUAAAUACGCCAUGCCACGGAGCAAAAAAAUCGAAAACGAUCCUGAAGACGCAGAAUUGUAUUCCGUAUCCAUGACGCACCAACUCCAUUGUCUCGCCGUGUUAAGAAAUGUGAUCAUCUACUAUGAGAAGGGAUCGAAAUCUCGCUUUGCCGGGGAGGGACAUGAGUAUCAUUGUAUUGAUUAUUUGAGACAAGCAGUUCUUUGUGCGGGUGAUACGACGCUUGAUCAUGCUGAGAUUGAGUUUAAUCCGGAUGGAAGUGAGAGGAGGUAUGGCUUUAAUGGGGGAAAUGCUACGCAUCGGUGUCGGGAUUGGGGGGCUAUCCAGAAGGUGUUGAUUGAGAAGAGGUUUGAUGAUAAGACUGGGAUAUUGUUUUGA